AUGAGCUAUGUGAAGCAAUGGAAGAGAGAGGCUAUAAUACAUCUCAGCCUCAUGACAAUUGAUAAUCUAGUAGUGGGAGAUAUUGAUCACCAGCAGGGACAUGUUUCAAAUGUGGGGAACGAUGAAGAGAUGGCAUUUUACGAGAAGUCCGUGCGUGAGAUUGCUCGAGGCGACUCAUACGUGUGUAUGAUCUGCACCGUGGAGAUGGACUAUACAUGUAGCAUGUAUGCAUGUGGAAAGUGCUAUAGGGUAUAUGAUUACGAAUGUAUAAGGGAAUGGGCCCUAAAAUCGACGAAACGGACAGCUGAUGGCAGUUGGAAAUGUCCAAAUUGUUUGCACGUAUCCAAGCAAGUGCCUGCAAAAGACAAGCCUCGAUGUUGGUGUGGGAAGGUUGUGCGACCGGAUGCGAACCCCAUGGACCCGAACUCAUGUGGUCAGACUUGCAACGCGCGCAUUUGUCGCCAUGGUUGCUCCCAGAUAUGUCACUUAGGGCCUCAUGAAGAAUGUAUGAGGACGAUAAGUAUCAAGUGUAGGUGCGGUAAGCAUAAGAAAGAUGUUUUCUGCCACGAAUUCCACGACGCCAAGGAAAGGGGAAGAUUCAGGUGUGAGAAUAAAUGCGGGAAAUCACUGCAUUGUGGUAGACACGCUUGCAAGAGACUAUGUCACUCUAAGUCCUGUGGGCCUUGUCCAGAGGUUUUGACAACUACCAACACAGACCUUUCACUCGUAUGCUAUUGCGGGAACACGCAUUUCAAAUCCAUCAAGUGCAAGGAUAUCAGGAUGGCGAAGAAACCGUCUGAAAACGCAAAUGGUGACACAUGGGUGGGCUUGUUUUCAUGUAGCAAGAUCAGAUCAGUUGAAUAUUCAUGUCAUCAGCAUUCAUUUCUUGAGGGUUGCAAGUCAAAUCCAUCAAUAGAUGGCAAGAAUCGAUGUCCUUUCUCACCUAAGUUUAUGAAAACUUGCCCUUGUGGUAAGACCACACUAAAGCAUUUGACUACAAAGAGAAAAGUGUGUACAGAUCCAAUUUUCACCUGCGAAUCGAGAUGUGGUAAGAAACUGAGGUGCGGUAAGCAUACAUGUCCUUUUAAAUGUCAUGAGGGCCCUUGCAUGGACCCGUGCAUUCAAACAAAUAUCCUCAACUGCUCAUGUCAACAAAGGAAAUUCAUAACUCCCUGCAACUUCAAGCAUAUGCCAAGUUGCAACAUUAAAUGUGAAUCUUUGAUGUCCUGUCGUCGUCAUAGAUGCAUAGAGAGGUGUUGUUCCGGCAAACCGGCAGCAGAAGUGAGAAGAAAGACCCCGUACGGAUCAAAUGAGUUGCAGGACGAGUCACUUGUUGAAGCAGAGCACAUUUGUCUCAAGGACUGUAAUCUGAUGCUUUCAUGCGGAAAGCAUAAGUGCCAGCGAAAGUGUCAUCCUGGGAAAUGUCCUCCAUGUCUAGAGAGCAGUUCUGACGAUCUGGUAUGUCCGUGUGGUAAAACAGUUGUUGAAGCACCCGUUCGUUGCGGAACCAAGCUACCUACUUGUGACUAUCCCUGCAUCAAAGUCGUACAGGGUCUUUAUCAGUGUGGACAUAAACCAAUGCCGCAUACAUGUCAUCCUUUAGAUCGACCAUGUCCUCCUUGUACAGCUCCUGUACAAAAGCGAUGCAAAUGUGGUAAAAGGGAUACGGUUCGGACAGUUUGUUUUCAAAAUGAUGUCUCAUGUGGUCAGAUAUGUAACAAACCAUUGCAAACGUGUCGACAUAAUUGUCAGAAGCUCUGCCAUUCUCCAGGAAACUGCCAAAGAAAAUGCAAGGGUACAUGUAAUGCUGAAAAGAAAUAUUGUGACCACAAAUGCACGAGACCAUGUCAUGGUAAAGAAAGCUGCCCUGACACGCCAUGCACCGCUAUUAUCAAAAUUACCUGUUCGUGUGGGUUGCUAGAAAAGGAAGUUGUUUGUGGGGCUUUCUCGAGAGCUUCGAGCCCUGCCUGCACCGAGUCCCUACCGUGUGAUGACUCUUGUGAAAUGAGAAAGAGGCAAUUGGAGCUAAAAACUGCAUUUGGAAUAUCCGAUGAGGCUAAUGCCUCCUCCACGUCUGGCCUUAUCUCUCAUGAAAAAUUGGUUUCAAGCGCAACGACCUUUGAAGAAUUGGAGUUGCCCUUCACCGAGGUAGCUUUAAAUGUCUACUCUAAACAUUUUGCAUGGUGCUCUUCAAUAGAAAAGGUUUUGAAUUCUUUUAUGGACGAUUCACAAAAAAAUAGUCUUCACUUCAAACCUAUGAAACCACCGCAACGUAGCUUCAUUCAUGAGCUUGCAAAGGCAUACAAGCUUUAUUCUGAAUCUCAGGACCGUGAGCCAAAGAGGUCCGUUUACAUUAAUAAAAUGGAAGGAAGCGGGUAUGGUAAACCAUUGCUAUCGUUAAACGAGUCACUGCCAAUAUAUGUUUCCUUCAAGGAGCUCGAGAAAGAAAGGAAGUCCGAUCACUUCGAAUCAAAAACUACAGUAAGGCUCAUAAAUUACACUUCAAUGGAUACUCCAAAGAUCAAACCUGCUGAAAAAAAUGCAUUUAUAAUUAAAAAUAUCGCUAGGGGGACAACAGAGCAAGAUCUCGAGAGAAUUUUCUCAACAUACCUUAAGCACACUUUGGUUAAAAAUCCACGAUACAAAUUGGAUGCUGCCGGAAAAACUGCAUUUAUAUUUCCGGAAGAUUAUACCAACGUUAAUGUUAAUGUACAAGAGGACUUAGAAAGACUUGUAGGUCAUUUUGAUUUCAUCAUCAAGGAUUUAUUCGUUGCAGAAACCGUUGGACUAUGCAAGUUUGACGUGAGAUUACUUGCUGAAGACCAGAUUGGCUUAUAG